AUGCCAGUUGGAGGUUCUGCGCGUACGCAGAAUUUCCGAGCUAGUUUCAUCGGUCGAAUAGUGGGAGAUUCGGCUGAAUCGAGUAGGUUCCAGUUGGAAGAGCAGAUUCUGAAGGAUGAUGCAGACGUAGACUUGACGAAGCUGGCGCAGUACGCCGUCAAACAUCAACUACCACAUGCACACCGAGUCGCCAUAUGGAAACUUUUACUAAGCAAGCUUUCCGAACUGAACCCUCUCAAAACUUAUCUGUAG